AUGUCAAAGCAGUACAUCUCCACAAAUUGUGUCAGUGGCGCCCAUAAUCUGGACAUAUUUGAUGUGGCUGUUGUCAACAAAUACACCAUAACAGUAGGGAGUGAUGGAUAUGCCCGAUUCUGGGACAACAAGUUGGACGAAAUCCACAAUCCCAAAGACCACUGUGUGAGCCAUCAGAUUGAUCCAACAGGCAUUCACCACAUUAACACCUACGAGAAUACUUUGAACUUGAACGGAGACCAUGUUAAAGUGGUGUUGGUCGGAUUCGGUUGUUUUUCUGGAUAUACAAAAAUCCUGUUCUUCGUGGGUGAUGAUGUAAGUGGUUUGAAAGAAAUUAAAGUACCUAAAGAGCUCCAGAAAUCUUCAUGGACACCCAUUUUUUACAAGGAUCCCGAAUCUAAACAAGAUUAUCUCGUAGUUACACAAAUGGAUGGAGGGAUUGUGCUCUAUAAGCUUGACAUUACUGGUUCUAAGGAUGAAAUUUUCAUUGAAUUAACCAAACAGACAGAGUUGAAGACCAUAGAAGGAUCGUUCCCAAUAUCUGUUGAUGUCAGUCAGGUAGUGGAUGGAAAUAUUGCAGUGGGAUACACGAAUGGAGAUGUUGUGUUGUAUACAUUGGAAACGUUAAAGGUUAUCAACUCAUUUCACUCAACUGAUUUACAGACUUCAGGGAACUCCAAGACUUCUAAUGCCGUUCCCCGGGUUGUAACGUUUUCUCCCGGUGGAUCAGUAUUAGCAGUGGCCAGAGAUAACCAGAACUCAGGAUCAAUAACGUUGUAUGAUGUUAAGUACGGAGAGAAUGUGGGUACUUUAACUAAACCAUCUCAUUCGACUCUGGCAACAGUUGGAGGUUUUGCACAUGAUGGAUGGAUCAUGGGAUUGAGUUUUGACGACGAAGGAGAGCUAUUGGGAUCCUGUGGGUUCGACAAGUGUGUGAGAAUAUGGAAUCUUGAUGAUAAAGAGAGAGUCGCUACUCUUAAUCUUUCUGCAAGUGAUUUUGAGGAUACUGACCAAACUGAAAUGGACAGCAGUAUUGCUAGCGGAAUAAGUUUCAUUAGCAAGGGGACCAGGGGAGUAUCUGGAGGAGAUAAUAACCAUGGAAUAUGCGUGGUUAGCUUUGAUAGAGGUGUUAGAUGGUAUCGACAAGCAGGAGGAAUAUAG